CCUAAAUAACCAUAUACGAUGAAUAGCAUGCGACCGCUUUUCUUAGCAAAAAAUGCCCGUCUUUUGAUACAGGCAAACAACAUUCAGCGAGUUGCUAUGAGUAAUUCGAUAUCUCAGGCUGAAGCUAAUGCAGCGACGAUGCCUUAUGUCGUCGGUCAUGACAAGGCAAAGAAAGAAUUCUACAUCAAAAUACGUUCGGAAGAUGGCGCAAACAGUGAGGAUAAAGCAUUAUUGCAGUAUGACAUCAUAAGAGAUGGAUUCUAUGAUUUAUAUCACACAGAAGUUCCACCCGUCUUUAGGGGAAAAGGAAUAGCUAAACUUUUAGCAAAGGCUGCCUUUGAUUUUGUAGUGGAACAAGAUGCAAAAAUGAGACUGAGCUGUACUUACUUACAGAAAUAUCUUGAAGACAACAAACUUCCUCAGUAUUACUCAAGAAAUGUUCCAGUUGGGAAAUAGCAUUUUCAGAAAGACGUGGCCCACAAACUGACAGAAAAAUUUAUUUGCAUAGGGCAUCGAAGUCUUGUUUGCAUGUGGGCAAUAAUGUUGGAAGUUAUUGUGGAAUGCACCCAUCUCCAGGGACAGCACAGUUAUGCACGGCAUCAGUUCGCUCAAGUGAUUGUCAAAACCUGCCCACUCAGUCUUUCCCAUUUGCCCUGUUUGAGAUUAUCUACAGGGAACUGGAAAAAAAAAAGAUCGAUAAUCUUUUCCUGCUACUUUGG